GCCUUCCUGGGCACUUGUCUCUUGUAAAAAAAAAAAAAAUUCUAAUCAUGUAUGGAAUGCUACUUGAAAGUGUUCAGCAUUUUAUAGUGCAAGAAUGCGGAGAGGAAAUAUGGGAGACUAUUCUUCAAGAAGCGGGAGCCAAGAAUACAGUUUUCAUGACUCGACAGCAAUAUCCAGAUGCUCUUAUGUUGCGUUUGGCUUGUGCUCUGUCACGAUUGCUAAAUAAAGAUCCAAACAGCCCAACAAUCUGCGCACCGGUAACUCCACCACCAAGAAAAUCAUCUCUCAAAUCCAAACCAGCUUGGAGAAGUGCCUCAGUCCAUGCAGAUAACAGAAGUCAAACCUUCAAAUGUCCCUUCUCUGCUGUAAGCGCUCUGACAGCAGUAACAAAGCAAGAAAUAGAGGCUUAUAACUCCUCAGAAGAAAUAAAGUCAACCACACAGAGUACAAUCUCAACAGAGAAAAUUUGUGAACUUGAAGAACUUGAUGCCACACCAACUCACCAAAAUAGAGAUAGGAGAAGUCUUGGUGUACAUUUGGAAAGGUUAAGAAGUGAUGAUACAAAAUCAGUGACGGUUACAGAACUGCCUAAAGAUUCAGAGCCUACAUCACCAAUUUCAGAAGCUUCGAAAUUCAGUUCACUGCCAAAAAACACUUCUUCACCUUCAGAUUCUAGAAAAGGUUCUCUCAAACCUAGGAAAGUGAGCAUCACUGUCGCUCUUGAUGUGUACAAGCGUCGGGGAUCCGGAAACACUAGUAGACAAAGACUGAACAGUCUCAGUUUAUUAAGUGCAGAGAGACUGAAUGUUCUAAAAGAGAAGUUUAGUACGCCUGAUAAAAUAAUGCACUUCUUUGGAAGAUGUUUUGUAAAGUUCUUCUCAAAUUUUGGGUACGACACAAUGAUUCGAGCAACUGGGCGUUACUUCUGCACUUUUCUUCAAUCAGUUGACAGCAUCCAUCAGCGUAUGAGGUUCACCUUUCCCCAAAUGAAAUCUCCAAGAAUGCAGCUUACCAGAGCACAUAUUCAUGGAGCUGAACUGGUGUACAGUAGUGCAAGAACUGGAUACACACAUUAUCUUAUGGGUCAGCUAUAUGAAAUUGCUGAAGAUAUAUUCUCUUUGAAACUGAAAGUGACCAUCGUAAAGGAGGAUUUAAUGGAGGGAAACAACCAUUACGUUGCUGUUUUACGACUUGAGUUUGAUAAUAGUGAUUAUGUGCAGUCAUUGAUGGCAAAGAAAUCACUACCUUGUCCUCUACCUGCCGUACCAGCCACUCUUCUGACCCAGCUGUUUCCGUUUGGGGUGCUUCUAGACAGAAAAAUGAAAAUACUUGUUGCGGGUGAUAAGCUGAUAGAAGCCUGGGGAGGUCCUUACAAACGAAUAUAUAAAACACAAGUCAGCGAAAUCCUAAGACUUAGGAAGCCAAAGAUAUCAUUCACAUGGGAUAAGGUGGUGUGCAUGCAAAACAUGAUGUUUGAAUUGGAACUAGUGCGGUGGCGGUCACUGAACCUCACAGAUUCGAGACGAGGCUCCCAGGGAACUCGCUCUAUUCUUCUGAAGGGACCUAUCUAUUUUCUUGAAGAAAUUGAUGCUCUUGUUUUUCUGUGUAGCCCCAUAUUCAACAACCUAGACGAACUCCGAUUAGCUGGCUUAUACGUAGCUGAUAUGAAUGGGCAUGGCCUCUCCAAAGAAAUGCUUCUUCAAGGCUGGCAACACCUUUCUCGAUUGGAGUUAUUAUUUGAAAAAGCAGAAAACCGCUCUUUAACGUUGGAAAAGUCUUGGAAACUUAGAGAUGAAUGGAAGAAGAAAGGUGAUCAACUGCUCUACUCGAUGAUACCAAAGACAGUCGCUUAUCAACUGAGAGCUGGAAAAAUGCCGGAGGCUGAGCACUUCGACUGCGUCUCAGUUAUGUUCUGUGGAUUUCAAAUUAGACAGACUGGUACUAGAGAGGAUGUGAUGGCUACCGUGGGAUAUAUGAACAGUGUUUAUUCCAGAAUUGACCGACUUCUUGAUUCGCAUCAAGUUUAUAAGGUGGAGACAGUAGGUACCGUGUAUAUGGUCGUAGCAGGAGCCCCGGAGAGACGGCGAAGACUAGCCCAUGCCGAGUGCGUCGCUAGCGCCGCCCUGGCUGUGUCUCGAGCUUUGCCUAUGCUCACUAUUGGAAUCCAUUCCGGACCUUGUCAAGCAGGUGUAUUGGGUCAUAAGCAGCCCCGAUAUUGCCUCGUUGGGGACACAGUUAACACAGCUUCUAGAAUGCAGACAACAAGCGAACCAGGGCGUAUACAAAUAUCAGCUCAAACAGCGGGAGAGUUACCUUCAGGCAAGUUCAGACUUCGACAAAGAGGAUUGAUAAAAGUAAAGGGUAAAGGACAAAUGGAAACUUUCUGGCUCGAAGGGGAAAUAGAAGAAGAUGAGCAAGAUGAAGCUUUACAACUAUUUUCAAAGCUAUGCGAAGAGAAUGAGUAAAUUAAGCGAAAUCAUAUCGCAUCGGUAAUUAAUGGUUUACAUAUAAGUUGUGUUACUAAAUACGCUGUCGAUAUUUUAAGUAUUAAAAAAUUGUCCCGUACCGAGCUUAAAAUAUCAUGACAUUCUCUACAGUGUCCAUUGUUACAAUACGUCAUGCCUGUUUAAUAGUUUCUUGUCUAGGGACCUGCGAUUUAUUUUUACUCUGUGCCAUAAUGAAUGUCAGCGUAGCGAAUAAUCAUAGUAGUCUGUGUGGAAAGCCGGUGUGGCAGUUUUAUGAGAAGUAGCGUCUGGUCUAUUAAAUCUUUUAAAAUACGUCAUUUCAUUUAUUCACAAAAUUAUAUACUCUUUUAUAAUUUUUUCAUAUUAAGAUUCAAGAUGAUGGCUGUCGAAUCACAAUCAGUGUUAUCAACAUUCCAAAAACGGUACUUCUUUUGCACUGUCCCGACCUAGUAGUGGGUUAGUACCCACAAUGGUUUAGUACCGCACUAUAUAUAACACUUAUAAUCUAUCUUUGAAACAUUAUUUAAUUACGAAAAAGUAUAAUUUAGGAACUUUCAAUCAUUCUAUAUGUUUAAGUAUAAUCUAGUUUAGCGCAUUCAAAUGCUAUA